AACAGUUCACAGACACAGACAUAAUUCAAAGACUUACUCAUAGCGAAAACAGACGGGACAAUGACCAAGAAGAUGAGAUGAUGGUAAAACGCUGGAGUCUCCUGUUCGACCGCAGGGUCGGCGGUUGUGGGGAUGUGGAGGGGGAUGCGUUUUCUCGGAGAGCGGGGAGAAGCUGGUAGCACGAAGCCGAUAGCGUGCCGAUUCAGGUCAAGGGCAGAGAGAAGACGGAAUGAAAUCUUGCAGACACGCCAGCCUCUGGAACAAGGACCCCACCCUUGUUUUAAUGAGCUGCUGAGCUUUCGCUUGUUUUGCAGAUUUAGCAGGGCCAAUACCGUGUAAAAAAACCUUUCAGGCAAGAGCUGUGUCCAUCACAACGCUCGGCCAAGGUCAGGUCACUUUUCUGUGACUCCGGCCUGCAAGGAGUGGGGACCGUCUGCUGCUCUGAUCUCCUGGCUGCAUGCAAACAGACCGGGAGGGUGUGCUGCCGACAGCUCGAGAGGGUCUUUCACACCUGUGUAGAGCAGCGCGUAGCGUGCGCUGAUGAGAGACGCAGGACCACUGCUCCUUGCAAUGAGUUAAGUGUAGCUACAUAUAGAAAAGAAAGAGCAUGCGCAAGUACCCUAGAUAUAAUAAAUGACUGCUGAAAACAGAACAUAUUUUUCUGCUUAACAAAAUUCAGUGCAUUAACCAUAAAAUUCCAAGAGUAUGUAAUUCUUACUACGAUUCAAGUGCAGGGAAAGUCCAGUAUUUAUGACCAGUUGAAGUCCAGUAUUAAAUUCCCCUUUAGCAGAUUUUUUCCGUUAAGUCCGAAUUCCGUAAAUCAGAGAGUUCACUGUAUUAAUUUACCAGCGUUACUAAAGACGAGACAAGGAAGUGGUUGCUGAACCGGACACUGACAUCUUACAGCAGAUGAGAGCUUCUGAAAGGCCCAAGCAGGGAAUUCUGGAUGGACGAGUUCAGGAACCUCCUCGCACACAGCGGCACAGCAGUGUGGAACAGACUACCGCCACGCUGGCUCCAUUCAUGAAACAGCUGGGCGAGACGUUCACAUUCAUUCACUACCAAACAGGGUGAAAUGGCCUCGUCUGUAACCUUUAUGUUUCAUUGAUUUCUGGGCACAGGACUAGUGGAUUCCCCGAUGACAUAAUAACUGAUACAUAAUCAGCAUAAAUUCAUUACAAUGAUAAAGACCACUAAACAGGUGUGAAGUACAGUAUGAGGACAGUUAAUUUCAUACUCAGAGAUUUCUAAAUUAUUGCACGGACAUCUCCAAUCACUAUUUAUUUUAAAAGGCAGAAAUGUCCUGUUUUAGUCAGUAUGUGUAAUGAUUUUCUGCAAGACAUCUUGAUAUCCUCCAUGCAUCUUGGAUACUCUUCGUUAACCCGGAACUACCAGAUGUCAAAGUGUUUGCAAAGACACACUGCAAGCCUGCUUCCACUCACAAGCAGAUUCCCGACAGAGCACAAUAAACAGCUCGAGAGCUGCAAUGGCCCUCUCAAACUCGGACUUAAACUACUCCUGAUGUAAAGAAGGUUCCUUAGGCUUGGGUGCCUUUUCAGGCUUCUAAAAAAACACUGAGCUGCCGAGCCCUUCAGCCACCCCGUCUUAAGGAGUUUCACAAAGGAAGUAAAAAGAAAAGCUGCUCAUUGUUCGCUCUAGCUGCACUGGCAAGAGCUUGGAGCGUCACUUGUAAAACAUUUGCUUCGGAGUUGCCUUAUUUGGAAAGAGCCUGCACUGCAGCCUGCUCACCAAGCUGCUUCUCCGAUUACACGUUUCCCCCUCCCCCUACGCAGCUUAAGCCAGUAACGAAGCUCCUUUCAGCUGCGCGAGCGCUCACUGACAACCAGCCGUCUGGUUGCCUCAGCAACUAGGUGGCACAGGGGAGGGAGAUAACUGUUUCCAGGUCAUUUUGAACAUGGAGUGCGGAGCAGGGAAGCACUGGACUGAAGAGGAGGUGAAAGCCCUCUUAACCGUGUGGUCGGAGAGGAACAUUCAGAGAUAUCUCCACGGGGCAACCAGGAAUAAAGCCAUGUUCAUAUACAUCUCCAGCAGGCUGCAGGACUUCGGCGUCUUUCGGGACUGGAAACAGUGCCGGGCCAAAUACAAGAACCUGAAGUAUGAGUACCGAACCGUGAAGCACGCCCACUCAUCGGGCGACCUCGGGAAGUCCAUGAAGUUCUUCCUGGAGCUGGACGCCAUCCUGGCUGGGGAGGCUGCAUCCCAGGCCCCGGACGAGGAGGAGGAGGAGGAGGAAGAGGAGGACGGAGCGCGCGCUAACUCCGCGAGGGUCAGCGAGGAAGAAACCCGGUCCAGCUCGGACGUGGCUCAUGAAGAAGUGGGGGAGAUCUGCGUGGCUCUGGAAGAGGACGACCUCAGCAUGACCUCAGAUGACCUGCUGCCACGCCCGGCAGUGAAGGCCAGCAGCGGCGCACCUGGCCCAGGCAGCCGCCCCCCCCGGGGGGUGGCCUUCAUCCCGCCCGUGGCCACCGAGGGAGGGAAGCACUGGACGGACGACGAGGUCCGGGCCCUGCUGUACGUCUGGUCAGACAGGAGGGUCCAAGCCCAGCUGGAGGGGGCCGCGCGGAACCGGAGCAUCUUCCAGGAGAUCGCCCGGCGGCUGCAGAGGUUCGGGAUCGAGCGCGACUGGAAGCAGUGCCGGACCAAGUACAAGAACCUCAAGUACGAGUACAAGACCGCCAGGAGCUCCCAGGGCUCGGGCAGGGCGUGGAAGAACAUGAAGUUCUUCAAGGAGGUGGAGUCCAUCCUGGAAAACAGGCCGCUGGAGCAGCUGGGCCAGACGCAGGACCGGGGAAUGGACUUCAGUGAAGAGGAAGACAGCCCAAGGCUGGACGAAACGGACACCUUCAGCACCAACUCCGAGGAGCCUGUCAUCCCAUGUAUCAAAAAGGAGCCACAGGACGCCGAUGAGGAUGCAGUUAGUUGCACUUCUGAAGACCACACAAUCCUGAGCACAUGGAAGAGGCUAAUGAAAGAUGCAGACGACCGGCCGCCGCCCGACCGGGCUCUGAACCAGUUCCGGGUCAUCACGGUCAACGACUCGGGCAUCGGGAGGAACUGGAGCGACGACGAGGUCAGGGCGCUGAUCCUGGUCUGGUCCGACGAGGGCAUCCGGCAGCAGCUGGAGGGCGCGACCCGGAACAAGGACAUCUUCCUGCAGAUCUCCCGUCGGCUGCUGCGGGCCGGCGUCGACCGGGACUGGAAGCAGUGCCGCACGAAGUACAAGAACCUGAAGUACGUGUACCGGGCGCUGCAGAGGGGCCGCGGCCCGCGCGGGGACCCCCGGAGGGUCAUGCGCUUCUACGACGAGGUGGACGCCAUCCUGCGGCGCGCGGGCGGCCCGGGCGCGGCGGGGCGCGAGGAGGUCGCGGGCGCCCCCUCGAGGCCCGGCUCCGGAGCGGACAACAGCCCAGAUGAAGAAGAGCCCGGCGCUCAAGCCGAAAGUUUGCCCACCAAGGGAAUCAAGAGAAAGGCCAAAGAAGAGCUUCCCCUCUCACCCAGGAAAUGUCCGUCCAGACGGGACACCGCACCGCCGGACCCCCGGCCCCGCUGCAAGGAGGAGCGGGCCGAGACCGGCACCCCGACCAUUCAGAUCGGCUCCGUCUGCUCCAUCGCACCGUCCCCCCGCUCCGCACCGGCCAAGGUCUGUGGGCGGGUCUGCGCGCCGUGGGCUCCACUUCUCUCACGCACACCGAGUCUCCCCCCACGCUAAAUCCAAACCCCACAGAGUCUUAGCCCGUCAGCACCUUAUCUACCUCAGACAUAACUGUCUGGAAAGACUAGAGCUGUGCAGGGACACCGGUUGACUCCGGUUAUUGGGAAGCGCAGAAAGACGCUUAAUCUCCAUGCUAAACGAUAAAGGAAAAACAAGCCAGCGCAUUCCAGGGUUAUAGCCAGCCAUGUCAAUGGGCGUUAAAGACAUCUUAGUAACGUGCACCCAACAUCUGGCGUCUGCGACUGCGGCCGAGGUACACCGCUGGGCUCGGUUCGCCGCUCUGUCGCCGGACCGCGGGCAGAAACUCGCCGGUUUGAACACGCAGGAGGGGAAACACUCCUGCAACGGAGAACGUUUCCCCCCUGGAAAACGGGACAGGAACCGCCCGCGCCACCGGGGACUAGUCCCUCGGAGUUACACCCUGCGACCCACCUCGCUCUCCCACCCUUUUUUUUUUUUGCGGGAGUCCCGGUCUUGAUUUUAAAGAGCACAGCGGGCGUGUAGCAGGGCGCCUGCACCCUUGCCGUUCAGCGAGUCGCCGAGAAAUAAAAAACAAAAACAAAACAACAACAACUUCUGCCCCAGCUGUUAGCCUAAACGGCACCGUUUGCGCACUCGCCAGAGGUGCACCUAUCUGCGCGUCCCCGGGGGACCCCGGGGGACCUCUGUACUCGCACAUCACUCCACGUGGACCCGCGGGGGUC